CCGGAUGACGACGCUCCCCCGGCGGACCCGUACCGUCCGUCCACCGUCCGUCUUCCCCGAGCAAAGCUGCCAACGCCACCUGCCCACAUCAUGGGAUGGUUGGAAAAAGGAAAUCCACCGCGAAGCCAGGAACCCCAACAAAACGUCCCCCUCCGUCGACAACCCGACGCCGACGCCGACGCCCGGAGCCAUGGCCCUCCUGCCGCUUCUGGGUUCCCCCUCCUUCCCGUUCCCGGCCUCGCGCCCUGCCCGCCCGUCCAGGAGAAAAUGUGGCCCUGCCGCGCGCAUGAAUUUCAGAUGCUCCGCGGAAGAGAGAGCGCCGGUCAGGAACAGUGGGAUAUCCAAGCAUGUCCUCUCUUGUCUUGCUGCGUCUCUCCUCUUCAUCUCUCCACCUAGUCAGGCUGUUCCUGCAGACACCUUUGCCCGGCCCAGCUUGUGCCAGGUUGCGGUGGUGGCCGCCAUCGACAAAGGCGCGGUCCCUCUGAAGUUCGACGGCCCUUCCGAUGAUGGGAUGAUGAUGAUGACCAAGGGCAUGACCGCCAAGAACUUCGAUCCUGUUCGCUACUCCGGUAGGUGGUUCGAGGUGGCAUCGCUCAAACGCGGGUUCGCUGGUCAGGGACAAGAGGACUGCCAUUGUACUCAGGGAGUGUAUACAUUUGAUGAGAAGGCGGGCGCAAUCAAGGUGGAGACAUUCUGUGUCCAUGGUUCACCUGACGGAUACAUCACCGGUAUCCGGGGGAAGGUGCAAUGCCUGUCUCAAGAGGACAUGGCUGGUGCCGAGACUGAUCUCGAGAGGGAGGAGAUGAUCAGCAGCAAAUGCUUUCUGCGCUUCCCAACACUCCCCUUCAUACCCAAGCUACCCUAUGAUGUCCUCGCGACUGACUACGACAAUUACGCCGUCGUUUCUGGAGCAAAGGACACCAGCUUUAUUCAGAUAUACUCAAGAACACCAAACCCUGGACCGGAGUUCAUCGAGAAGUACAAGUCAUACGCCGCCGGCUUCGGCUACGACCCGAGCAAGAUCAAGGACACGCCGCAGGACUGCGAGGUGUCCUCGGACCAGCUUGCGGAGAUGAUGUCCAUGCCCGGGAUGGACCAGGCCCUGACGAACCAGUUCCCGGACCUGAAGCUCAAGUCGUCGGUCGCGUUCGACCCGUUCACGAGCGUGACCCAGACCCUGAAGAAGCUCGCCGAAGUGUAUUUCAAGUAAACACAAACUCAUCCGCCGUUCCACUGAUCGGUGUUUGCUUCUCUACGCCGAAGCUGCACUUUGAUAAAUAUAAGUAGAUCCCUUCAGUGGCUUCA